UGGCAUCCGGGGUCAAACAGCGUUGCGCAUGCUCAGAUGGCCCUUUUUUUUCCUCCUGUUUCCGAGACUGAAAUCUGUCAGAUCAGCGGAGCGUGCAAAUCCCUUUGAAUACCUCCUAAUAUCGCUCAGAGUUUUCUUCCCGUAGUCCACGCGAGAGACUCACAUCUCAGCCGCGUGCAGCCGGAGGAACCAGCAGAGAAUGACGAGCAACCUGAAGCGGAAAGAAGACAGUCAGCAGCUGAAUGGAGGCGUGAAGCAGCCCACAUGGAGCAAAACCUUCAACAGCACCGCGGUCUGGGAGGAGAAGGACGAGUUCUUAGAUGUGAUUUACUGGCUUCGGCAGAUCAUCGCGGUGAUCCUCGGUGUGAUUUGGGGCGUCGCACCGCUGAAAGGAUUCCUGGCAAUCGCCAUAUUCUGCAUCAUCAACGCCGGCGUCCUGUAUGUUUACUUCAGCAGCUUUCAGCAGAUCGAUGAGGAAGAGUACGGUGGAACGUGGGAACUCACCAAAGAAGGCUUCAUGACAUCUUUCGCUCUCUUUCUGGUGGUGUGGAUCAUCUUUUACACAGCGCUACAUUUCGACUGAGACGAACCCAAGCGGGACACUAAAUACGAACAUUUCAGUCGAAGCGAAUCGUCGAAUGACGGAGGAACUCCACGGCUCGAGGCGCGUCAACGCUCCCAACAUACAGUAUGACUUUUCAGUGUGCAGUGCAUCAUGGGAAUCCUAGAUCGAUUUAACGAGAUCCUGCAAGACCACCGUGACGUCCGAGAUCUAGUGCAGUGGCUCAUUUUCUAAGGCCCUCUUCAUUACACUUACAUUUAUUUACAUUAAUAUGUCCAUCAUCAUCAUCGUCCAUCUCUUUGACAAAACACUAACGAGUAGUUUCGGCUGCAGCUCUGUGUGCGAUGGAACAAAUGAGUAUUAGUCGUUUGACUACGGGCCCUUUCUGCUGCUUUAGAGGACAUGAAUGCAGAUUUUAGACCGUAAAGAUAACAACCAGUGUGUGUUUUCAUCCCAGCUGAUGACGGCGUGUCCUCGUGUCGUUAUUAGGGUUCAAUCAGUCUGUGAGUGGGAAGUGUUGCCUUUUUAAUUAAGCGACAAAAACGCAGCUUUUUGGAUGAAUAAAACUACCUGUAAAGGAUUGUUCCUGUGGCUUCACUGUUAAAGGAAAAAAGAAAAGUCUGAAAUUUCACUCAAAUGUCUUUUAAAGGAAAUAAUCUGAUGAAUUAGUAAAGUUAGACGUGCAUGCCGUGUUCAGACUCGGAGCGACGAGCCGCUCUGUGCAUCCAGGUGUCAUUCUAUCGAUGGCAUCAGUGAGCAGCAUAGAAAUAAUUUAAUAAAUGUGUUUUAUUCUCACGUGUAGCUUCCAGAUCAGUCUUACUUGUUUUUGAAAUUAAUUUAAAACUUUUGUCUUGUAAAUUCUGUACAAUGUCCCCUUUUUGUCCCGUCCACCUUGUAUUACAGAUUUAUUUGUACUUCUGUUGUAUAUCUCGUUUGAUGAUGACGCGUGUCUCAGUAUUUUAUAGUGAAGAACUUUUAAAAGCGCUUCUUGCAGAGUUCUUGUAAUCGACUGUUCUGUUAGAAAGGAUUGUAUUUUCUGAUCAAAUCUUUUGGGAAUCAUUAAACAUGGGCUUCAUUUGGCCUCCAUUUUCAAA